GCCGAAGCCGUAUGAACCUUGGGUCGUGAGGCUGGUUAGAGGCAAACCGUAACGCUUCCGGAGCUUCGUGCGGGCGCGUUAUCAAGCUCGACACUCCCUGUUACAUCUGAUACUGCAAUGGGUUACGAUACCUCUCGAGAGCCCGUCAGUUCCGACGCGUCAUCCUCGAAACCGAUUGUGAACAAACGUAAUAUCUCAGUCCAACAUCGAAAAAAGGCUAUGAUCAAGUAGCCUUCUUCCGUAUAUGGAGCACAGAAGCUAGAACUCUACAAAUGAGCGCUCGUGGGCUUGGAACCGUCGCGUUUGUCGCUUUGUUUGCGGUUGGCUUGCAAGUCGGCAUUCUGGUCAAGCACUCAUUGCAAGUCAAGGCGCCCGAGGCACCGGAGCCUGUCACAUGUCCCAACUUCGACCACGGCGCCGCACUGGACCGCUUCCGUCGCCUCCUGACCUUCCCCACCGUCAGCAGCAAGGAGGCGCCUGACCAUGCAACUGACCACGAGGCGCUGCGCGGCAUGCUGGAGCACCUGGAGCAGUCCUACCCGGCCGUGUGGCAGACCAUGACCGUGGAGGAGGUGGGCGCGGGCGGCUACAGCCGUCUGCUGACGUGGCGCGGCUCCGACCCCUCCCUGGACCCGGUGCUGUUCAUCUCCCACUACGACGUCGUGCCUGUGACGCCCGGCACUGAAGGGGAGUGGAAGCAUGGGCCCUUCUCAGGCGACCUGGCGGACGGGUACGUGUGGGGCCGCGGCACCAUCGACAUCAAGUUCAGUGUGGCCGCGCUGCUGGAGGCCGCCUCUGUGCUGCUGGCGGGCGGGUACACACAGCCCACCCGCACCCUCAUGUUCGCGUUCGGGCACGACGAGGAGGUGGGCGGUGGCCUGGGCGCCAAUGUCACUGCGCGGCUGCUGGCGUCUCGCGGCGUGCGGCUGGCGGCGGUGCUGGACGAGGGCGGCGCCGUGCUGGCUGACGGCAUGCGGCCCUUCGUGACGGACAUGCCCGUGGCGCUGGUGGGCAUGGCGGAGAAGGGCUACUCGGUGGUUCGUGUGGUACUGCGCUCGCCGGGCGGGCACGCGUCUAUGCCGCCCAUUGACGGCUCAGACAUAGGCACCCAGGUGUGGCGGCUGUACAGCGCGCUGCUGCUGCAGCAGACGCCCACACAGCUGGCGGCGCCCGUGACCGACAUGCUGCGGGCGCUGUCGCCGUACGCGCCGCCGCUGAUGCGGCCGCUGCUGGCAAACGCGGACGCGCGCCAGUCCUGGCUGGUCAACCGACUGCUGGGCUUUGCCUUCCGGCGGCUGCUGAGCCGCGACACGGCCGCCAUGGUGACCGACACCAUCGCCACCACGCGGCUGAUCGCGGGCGUGGCAGACAACGUGCUGCCGCAGGAGGGUGUGGUGUCGUUCAACGUGCGCGUGCUGCCCGGCCACACGCCGGGGCAGGUGGUGGAGCACAUGCAGCGGGCGCUGCGGCUGGCGCGGCUGAGCGGCGCGGAGGUCAAACUGGUGGAGGCGACCGCCUGGGCGGGCUCUGACGUGACCAGCGCCAGCGGCCGGCCCUUCCAGCUGCUGCGCCAAGCCAUCCAGGAGGUGUGGCCGCGACCCGCGGGACAGCCCGACACCGCCAUCCCCGUCAUCCCCUACAUGGUGGGCGGCGGCACCGACUCCAAGCACUACGCGCCGCUGUCGGAUGGUGGGAUCCUGAGGUUCAUUCCCUUCGGGCUCAACAAGACGGCGGGGGAUCUGGGGCUGAUUCAUGGGACGAAUGAGCGCAUCCCGGCGGAUGACUUCCGGAAGGCGGUGUGUGUGUAUGCGCGUGUGCUGGAGCUGAUGGGGUCGGACUGGAGCGAGGCGGGCGGGAAGGAGAAGCCGGCCGCUGCGGUGGCGUAAGCGGGCAAGUUUUGACGUUGCAGUAUUACAUCGGGAAGUUGGAAAGCUGAAGGGAUUCAGGAUGCUGGUGCAUUACGCCAUUACCGCAUGUUGGGGAGGCAUGAGUGAGGCGGUCUUAAGUUACCAGCACCCCUCAAGCGGUUGGCGCAGGCACAUCACUCAAGUCGCAGGUUAGUAGGAGUGCAUUCCUGGGGCAUGUCAUGGUAUGACUCCGAGUAUCUGGUGUACAAAAGUUGUGGUGCCCAUGUAAUCGGUGCAAUGC